GGGGUUUGACGGAAUAUGGAUAGGAAAACGUUUAUUUGGCCAUCAGGAUUCAUCGAGAAUCUAACCAACGUUUGUGUGGUGAGGAACGAGGUGAAGACUUUAUUUUGAUCCUAGCCGAGCUUUGGGAUCGAGUCGUUUUUAUUUCUCGGCAGAGUCAGAUCACCGCUGACUUGUAGAGGAUGCCCAAAGAACCCAAUGACUCAUCCAAUGAGGAGGGAAAGAAGGUCGACUCUGAAGGGUCAGAAGACUCCAAAGGCCAGACAGAUGGAUCCGAAGAGAUGCUGCGUAAACGAAUCAGAACGAACACGCCGAGUCCUCACCGACAGACUCCUCCAUCCAGCCCGUCCAAGUUGGUGUCGGUGGAGGAGCUGAUGGAGACUGCUAAAGGCGUGACUAACAUGGCGCUGGCUCACGAGAUCGUAGUGAACGGUGGCUUCCAAAUCAAACCCAAUGAACCUGCUGAGGGAAGUUUAGAGAAACGAGUUAAGGAAAUUGUUCACAAAGCAUUCUGGGAUUGUCUCGAAACCCAGCUGAACGAUGACCCACCUGUCUACGAGCACGCUAUCAAACUGGUUGGGGAAAUUAAAGAGACUUUGCUGUCCUUCCUGAUGCCGUACCAGACGCGUCUGAAAGGACAGAUCGAGGAGGCGCUGGACCUGUCGCUCAUCCAGCAGCAGGCGGAGAACGGGGCGCUGGAAAUCGGCAAAGUGGCCAAGUUUAUUAUCAACACCAUGGCCGACUUUUGCGCGCCGUGUCGGGACAAAGAAGUGCACCAGCUGCGGGACAUCACGGACACCGUGCUUCUUUUCAGGUCUAUUUUUCCUGUGUUGGACAAAAUGAAGAUUGACAUGGCCAACUUUGCUGUCAGUAGUCUCCGGCCACAACUGCUGCAGCACUCGGUGGAGUACGAGAGGAACAAGUUUCAGGAGUUACUCAACAAACAGCCUAAUGCUCUGGACUACACUCAGAAAUGGCUGAGGGAGUCGGCAGACUCGUUUGUUAAAGGUGCUGAAGAGGGUGCAGCAGGCUCACCCGGGUCAUCCUCACAGCUGUUACAGAACAUCCAAAACCACGCCUAUUUACAACUGCUGCGCUGGGAGGACAGCCCAGAUACUUUCCCCGAGACACUGCUGAUGGACCGCGGCAGGUUUCUGGAGAUGCAGCUCGAGCUGGAGCGCUUGGCAAUGGUGGCGUCUGUGCUGCUGAUCGUGUAUAACAUUGCAGGGGAGGCGAUCACAGGGUUGCCAGGUCUUAUGGACACACUGAAGAGCACCGUGAGGAUCCUGCUGGCUGAUAUGCACACACCGUUUUUCAAAGCAGACGAGACUUUAACGGCCAUCGGAGAGAAACUGUGUUUGGAGCUGAUGGAACGUCUGACUCAGCAUGGCUUCUCACCUUUUCAUCCAGACAGAGAGAACACCCUGAAAGGCCAGAUCGCAGCCGUCAAGUCCCACGAUAACCCCAUCCGUAAACUCGUUGAUUCCCGGAUCCAGGGAUAUCUCCUGGCCUUCAUGGAACUGGGUCCUCAAGGGGGCUUACCGGCUGUUCCUGGUGGUCUGGUUCCUAUCAGCAAAGAGCUGGAAGACAUCGGAACCAGACUGAACCGUCUGGUGAACUUCAACAAGCUCGUCUACUCGCCGUUUUACCACAACCUUUUGGAGGACGCCAUUCAGGCCGGGGGGAGUGGGGCUACUUAGGGU